CGACAUUUUGACCGCGGGCUUCCGACGGCUUAUCAGCAGGAUUCUCAUGUCCGCUAAGGAGCGGACUCGGUGAACGAAACAUGGCUCGGUGAACCACUCACCGCGAAUAUUUCAGCCAAACCCUGCCUCACCCUCCGCCUUGUUCCGCACCUCUUGUCUGCGUCCAACCACCAUGUCUGCCUUUAGGCUGGCACCCACCAGGCUAUCAAGGCGAACGCUUGGGGCCUUCCAGUGUCGUCCUGCACAAUACAGACGUGCUCUGGCUACCGCCAAGUCUCCACCUUCGCUCUUCCAGUCCCUCGACACAUUUACUGAUAGACAUGUCGGUCCGGACGAUAACGAGACGGCCUUGAUGUUAUCGAAGCUUGGUUUCAACUCUAUGGAUGCCUUUCUAGCUGCGACUGUCCCCCCGGCCAUCCGCAUAGACGACGCUACCAUUACUGAUUCGACUAUCUCAAGCCUCAGUGAAUCAGAGCUCCUAACUCGAGCUCGGACCCUUGGUCGCCUUAAUAAACCGUUCAAGAGCUAUAUUGGAAUGGGCUAUCACAAUGCCGUUGUUCCACCCGUCAUCCUUCGCAAUAUAAUGGAGAAUCCCGCGUGGUAUACCCCAUACACCCCUUAUCAGCCCGAAAUUGCCCAAGGUCGCUUGGAAUCCUUGGUCAACUUUCAGACAAUGGUCAUGUCUCUGACGUCAAUGGACAUCGCGAACGCUUCUAUGCUGGAUGAAGCCACUGCAGCCGCAGAGGGCAUGGUUAUGGCGUUUGUCGCUUCUAAUCAGAAGAAGAAAACAUUCUUUAUCAACAAUGGCGUCUUACCUCAGACCAUCUCCGUUCUUCAGACUCGCGCAAAAGGCUUCGGUAUUAAACUCGUCGUUGGUGAUGCGGCUUCGGCUUUCCAAGAUAGUUCCUUAUCAGGCGACCUGUGUGGCGUUCUGGUCCAGUAUCCUGACGUUAACGGCAAUAUUUCGGACUAUACCCAUCUGGCCAAGUCAGUCCACGAGUCAGGGGCUUUGGUCGUGUGCGCUACGGAUCUUUUAGCCUUGACGAUGCUCAAGCCUCCUGGUGAAUGGGGGGCUGAUAUUGUGCUCGGAAAUUCUGCACGGUUUGGUGUCCCGGCUGGAUACGGUGGCCCUCAUGCUGCUUUCUUUGCUGUUACCGACAAGCUAAAGCGAAAGAUGCCUGGCCGACUGAUCGGACGCAGCAAGGACACUAUGGGCAACCCUGCUUACAGACUGGCCUUGCAAACGCGUGAACAGCACAUCCGCCGCGAGAAGGCUACCAGUAACAUCUGCACAAGUCAGGCCCUCCUUGCGAACAUGGCUGCCAUGUAUGCUGUUUAUCACGGACCCGUUGGCCUCUUGCGCAUUGCUCAGAAAGUGAACCUCUUCACGAAACUGCUUAAGUCUGCCCUCGAUGCUGUUGGAUUCAAGGUCACGAACACUGCCUUCUUCGACACUCUCACUGUUGACGUAUCCUCUGUCGGUGCGGAAGCCAUCCAUGCCGCAGCUGCGGGGGAGAUGAUCAACGUCCGCCGCGUUGAUGACAAGCAUGUUGGAGUUACACUAGAUGAGAGCGUGUCGGGUGAAGAUCUCAUGGCAAUUACCAAUAUCUUCCUCCAGGCGUCGAAACAGUCCGCUUCUGCACUUGCUGAACUUUCGCCACCAACUACGGCGUCUUUCCCUGCGGAGUUAUCUCGCACAUCUCAGUUCCUUUCUCAUCCUGUUUUCAACAAACAUCACUCUGAGACUGAAAUGAUGCGAUACAUUUUCCACUUGGCCUCAAAGGAUCUCGGUCUAGUCCACGCGAUGAUUCCUCUUGGUAGCUGUACAAUGAAACUUAACAGCACAAGUAGCAUGAUCCCUUUGACGUGGCCCGAGUUCAGCAAUGUGCACCCGUUUGCUCCAGUUGAUCAAUUACAAGGAUAUAGGGCAAUAAUCCAGGAACUUGAGAAUGAAUUAUGCAAGAUCACUGGUUUUUACGCGUGUUCAGCGCAGCCGAACUCGGGAGCUGCAGGCGAAUAUGCGGGUCUAUCAGUCAUCAGGGCUUACCACGAGUCGAGAGGGGAAUGCCACCGUAACAUCUGCUUGAUUCCGCUGAGCGCUCACGGCACCAACCCUGCUUCUGCUGUCAUGGCCGGUCUGAAGGUUGUCGCUGUGAAAACUCAUGCUGAUGGUAACUUGGACCUUGAGGACCUCAAAUCGAAGGCCGAGAAACACACGGACAGACUCGCCGCGUCAAUGAUCACUUACCCAUCCACAUUCGGUGUUUUCGAGGAGGGCGUGUCUGAGGCAUGCAAGAUUGUCCAUCAAUAUGGAGGUCAAGUCUACCUCGAUGGCGCCAACCUCAAUGCUCAGGUUGGCUUGACUAACCCAGCUACAUGCGGCGGUGAUGUAUGCCACCUCAAUCUUCACAAGACUUUUGCCAUUCCACACGGCGGCGGCGGUCCUGGCAUGGGUCCUAUCUGCGUUGCGGAGCAUCUCGCUCCUUUCCUUCCUUCCCACCCGCUGGUUUCCACUGGUGGAUCGAAAGGCAUUGAUGCUGUAUCUGCUGCGCCCUUUGGAAGCGCGUCAAUUCUUUUGAUUUCAUGGGCUUACAUCCGGAUGCUUGGCGGUGCUGGUCUCAAGGAGUCGACCAGUGUGGCUUUGCUGAACGCUAACUACAUGGCUCAACGUCUCGCUGGCCACUACACCUUACGUUACAAGAACAACAACGGCCGCGUAGCCCACGAGCUGCUCAUCGACCUGGCGGAGUUCGACAAGAGCGCAGGACUGAAGGUUACUGAUUUUGCGAAACGCUUACAGGACUACGGUUUCCAUCCACCUACCUGCUCAUGGCCAAUCUCGACGUGCAUGUUGAUCGAGCCGACGGAGUCGGAGACUCUUGAAGAAAUUGACCGGUUCUGCGAUGCAAUGAUUCAAAUUCGCCAAGAGGCUGAAGAUAUCAUCACGGGCAAGCAACCGAAAGAUAACAAUGUCCUCAAGAAUGCACCUCACCCUAUGUCUACUGUCAUUGUUCCCGAUGCGGACUGGGAGCGACCGUAUACGCGGGAGACUGCGGCUUACCCUAUGCCCUGGCUACGCGAGAAGAAGUUCUGGCCAACUGUUUCUCGUAUAGACGAUGCAUAUGGGGACCUUAACUUGAUUUGCGAUUGUCCUUCCGUAGAGGAACUUGCAUCCUAAUUUCCGACGUUUCUUCUUGCAUAUUAAUCCCGGUUCUAGUGCUGCCUUUGGUUACAUAGUAGAUUCUUCUCUCAUCGAAUAUACCUCUUAGAGUUCCAGUGUUGUUCAACCACACGUGCCCACAUCGCGCAUUACUGUAAUUAUAAAACUAGACGCAUAUAUACAUACAACGCAUUACGUAUCAAAUGACCCCCGCAGUUUGUCCGGAAGAGUUUUCCAAAGAUCUGGGAGGUAUCGCUGUAUGCGUCCCCUGACCUCCUUUUCCUGGUUACACUUCGUGGCAAAAGAUAAUAGAAUCUGCACCGUUUGCAAGUCGGGGGCCACGUCGUCCCGGUCCUUGCCCAUCUCCAAACAAGCAGCCUUGACUGCGUCGUUGAGGCGUCCCAUCCGACACAAGCACUCUAUCCAGGUAUUCCAGACACGCUGAUUGAACUUGAAGCCGACUCGCGAAAGCUUCGUACAUACUUCCGAAGCCGUCUUCCAAGAACGCGCAAACCCGCAAGCAUCGAGUAUAAUGCUAACACUGGCGUCAUCGUAUAUGCCUGUAAUAUAGAGCGUUUCCCAGAUCCUCACGGCGUCACCAAACAAGCCAGCCCGCUGGUACGCGUCCAUGAGCUGAUUCCAGAGGGCUACAUCGGGAGUGAUGAAAGCGUCGAGGGUCAGAUGGUUGUGAACACGUCUGAUGACCGCGCCCAGUUCGUUAAAGGACUCGGGAGGGAGAGAUUUGAUGCAGUCGGUGAGCUGCCGGAGGAGGAUGGUGUACACGACGGGGGUAAUUUCGUGGCCGGCAGCACGCAUGUCCUUGACGAUCGUGAAGUAAUGCCGCGGAGAAGGGAUGGACAUAGCCGAGCCGCACUGACAGAACGCGGACAGAACAGCCUCGUAGCCCUUUGCGUCCAGGUUGCGCCCGACAGCGGUCUCCUUGAACCUUCUGUACAGGCCGAAAGCUUCGUGAGAGGCGGAAGAGCUGCGCAGGAGUAUGGUGACCACAGAGACGGUAGCGAAUCCCAUGUCGACGUCCCCUCUGCGUGCUUUGAUAUCAUCCAGAAGGGAGAACACAACAGGAAAGUACUUCUUGAUGUGUACCUUCUUGCUGAUGGUUCGCAGCAGGACGGUAUAGAUGGCAUUGUCCGGACCCAUGUUGUGCCGACCAAAGUCUGAGGUCCUGCGAAACAAGAUGGGGUCCGGAGGUUCUGAAGGGGGCGAUGAGGCUGAGUGUGAGUCUGGUAGAGGGUCAUGAGAUGAUGUGGGGUCCUGUGGGGUGAUGGAUUGUGGAGACGGCAGAUAGGAAGUAGGUUCUGACGAUUUCGCAAAGUAGGUGGGAGAUGUGGAAUCUGCAGAUAGGCUGGAGUCUGGAGGAGCGGGAGGAGGAGCGGGAUCUGGGGGUACGACGGGAUCUUGGGCAAGGAGGUCUUGAUAUAUCUCGAGAGCUUUGUCGAGCAGAGGAGCAUGUGCAUGGCUCUUUAUCGAAAUUUGGCAGAGGGUAUUGAUUAAUGGAUGCACAAGAGGAGCUGUUGGACGGAUGUCAUGCUGCUUCGAGUCUGAGUAUAUGCUCAACGCAGCGUCAAGGUCGUCAGCUAAGACGGCAUUGUGGAUGAGGAUGCCCCAGUGCACCGCGGUCGGGUCUGUCUCUAGCUCUUGUGCUGCAUACUGAAAGUCGUCGAGUUUGUAAGUGCUCCGCGCAAGAGCUGUUAAAGCACGGCCGGGAGAAUCAGAAUAGUCGGCACCCUGUCCCUUAAGCCACCGUACAGCAGGCUGUAUGCCCUGGGUCCGUGCAAUUUGCUCUAGCUCUGCGUACUUGUUCUCCACGUUCAUACUCUCCGAAACGCCUAGAGGCGAAAAGCGAGCUCUAUACGCAGAUGCAAGUGUAUGACCGCGUUUCCUCCCGUAUCUCGACUUGACUCCAUCGAAGAUGACCUUGGAAAUGGACGUACCGAACGGAAGGCGAUGUUUAUGCAUGGCGUCAAGAAUUUCCGUCAGAUGGGCUAGUUCAAAGGCAGGGUCUGAGAAUUGUGCGGAGAGGACAUGCUUGACUGUCUCGGCAGAAGGCUUGCAUUUCAUCAUUGCGAAACCAUGGCGAAGGGCCUCGAAGUCAGACGCUUCGCAGCAAUGAUCGAAGUAAACGUGCCAAUGUCGAAGUAGGAUUGGAGCUGAAGAUGAAGGAGAGUUGUGUGAAGGGUAGAGAAGCCAGCGCUGGAAACUCUUGUGGUUGUUACUCUCGACCAAACCGCGGAGAACAACAUCGUGCAUUUCAGAUGUGACAGGAAUCUGGAACAAUGACGGCAUAUCCUGCAGCAUUUUGGCCGCCAUUGCCAAGUCUGAAGGUCUGCCGGACUUGGCUAGGAAGUGAAGUGCUUGCUCGAAGUCGGACUCUUGGAUGGCUUCGUCAUUCGGAUCGAAGGACAGCUGGAGUUCGCGUAGCUUGGACACAAGGAAGCUGUAGCUUCCGUGGACGUGGGUGAUUUGACCCAAGGCAAGGUGCUUAGUGAAGGUUUUGUAGCGCGCAAGUAGCCAUGACCGGUCUUUCUUUGAUAUUUCACUAAAGUCGCGUUGAAGAGGCAAAUGGUUAUGAACGGGGCCCGGAUGGAGUCCACGGGCUAUUUGACCAGUGCGGACGCGUCUCAGCGGUAGCCUGCCUAAGCGACAUGCCAGCAAGCCCAGGGACAUUCAUGCGCGCCGCCCAGUCGAUGCAGAACGGGACCUCUGUGGUGAC